ACCAGCCUGAGAGCUGUUACCUCACUGCAGUUCCCGUCUAUCAGCAGCCUGCAGGCAGGAAGAUUCCUUCUCUGCUCUCCUCCAAGGAACAUCAGCGCCGCUGGUGCCGUGAGGAAACGGAAAGCCUGCGGCUCCUUAGAGGGGUCCUGGGCUCAGUCCAGAGCAUCUCGCUGCUUUUUGUGGACUCAUCCUCGAAUCGAAAGGGAAUACAACAGAGCGGGAGUGGCUCCAAUAGGGCUCUGGGGACCACCUCUUCCCUCUCCCCCAUCCCAAGUACGGCGACAAAGCCUUGCGCUGUGCCACCAUGCGGCAGAAGGCGGUAUCGCUCGUCUUGUGCUACUUGCUGCUCUACACCUGCGGCUGCGAGGAGACAGACAAAAGACGCUCAGGGGACGGUGACUCCGGGUUCUGGGGCACGCUGACCUACAUGGCCGUCGGAGGAGGGCUCAUGGCCAUGGCGCUGCCCGCACUGGGCUUCUCGAGCACAGGCAUCGCCGCCAACUCGGUGGCUGCCUCGCUGAUGAGCUGGUCGGCCGUGGCGAACGGGGGCGGAGUGCCCGCCGGGGGGCUGGUGGCCACGCUGCAGAGCCUGGGGGCUAGCGGUGGCAGUGCCCUCAUGGCCAAGAUUGGGGCCCUUCUGGGCUAUACUGUCCACAAGCAAAUUGAAAGCAGAGGGAAGGAGAGAGCGGAUGAAGAGUAGCUAGCAGCUCCCUGGAACCCCCUCCUUCCUCCUUGUCCUCCUUUUCCAGCUGUAGUCCAGAGGUUCCUCUUUCACACUUGGCAAUGACCUAGGUAAAAAACCAGAAUA